AUGACAAGCCAAAUUAGAAACUAUAGGCCAUGGACAAGUAAUGAAGAAACGAAGCUAGUUGAGGCAUUGGUGAAUAUGACAAAUGUUGGAGGGUUUAAAGCCGAUAAUGGUUUCAAAUCCGGUUAUUUGCAACACCUUGAGCAAGCAUUGAAACAAUCACUUCAAAACUCGGGUCUUUUAGGUAAGCCACAUAUUGAAUCUAAGAUAAAAACCAUGAAGAAAGAUUUGCAAUGUGUCUACGAUAUGGUAAAUGGUUCAAACACAAGCGGUUUUGGUUAUGACCCCGAAAAGCAUUGUGUUACUGCUGAGGAUCCGGUCUGGGAGUUGGUAAAUAGGUACAUAAAGAAGCGACUAGAUGGAAACACCAAACAUUUCCUUAUUAUGAAGAUCUUUGCAUUGUUUUUGGAAAAGACUGAGCUCAAGGAAAUAGAGUUAGAGAUUUCAUGGAGAUGGAACAAGAGGUGA